GUUUAAUCAGUUUUUCCAAGACGCUGUAGCAGUCCGAUUGGCAUAUUGUUUCUCCUAAUUCAAUAUGAAUACAUUGAAAUGCGUCCCCUUUUUUGGGGGUCUUGUCUUUGUCUUGUUCUCAAUUCAAAAUGGCGUUGCAUCUGCGGGGGUCACUAGUGUCACUAAGGGUCAAAAGAAUAUCACCUCGAAUUCAAGAUUGCUUUUGACCCCGUACAUAAAAUCGGGGCGACUGGAGGAGGCAAAAAUGGAAGCGCUGGUCAAGUGGGGUCGUGACAGCCUCGAGGGAAUUCCAAGCUACACAGGUUUUUUCACCGUGAAUGAAACGACCAACACCAAUUUGUUCUUCUGGUUCGUUCCUGCAAUGGUGGAGGACCCCGAAGAUGCCCCUGUCAUGGUUUGGCUUAAUGGAGGUCCAGGAACAUCUUCCAUGUUUGGCUUUUUUGUCGAGAAUGGUCCCUUCAAAGUGAAAAAGCGUGGUCGCAUCCCAAAACUGGUCCUUCGUGUAAGAAAAGACACUUGGGCUAGGAGACACAACAUGUUGUACAUUGAUUCCCCUGUGGGCGCAGGAUUCAGUUUCACGGAUUCGGAAGAAGGCUAUGCAAAAAGUCAGACAGACGUUGUAAGAGAUCUCUACACUUCUCUGCAACAGUUUUAUGCACUUUUCCCAGAAUUUGCUAAGCAGGAACUUUACCUUGCUGGAGAAUCAUACGCUGCUAACACUAUUCCCCGUCUUGGCAUUCAUAUUCACGGAGAAAACUUGAAGGACAACGCCACUCGCAUGAACUUGAAAGGUGUCAUUAUGGGUGGGCCCAUGACAGACCCUCUCACGCUGACCAGCUCCUAUUCCGACUACUAUUAUCAGCUGGGGAUUAUUGAUGAGCAGGCCAGAGCCUACAUGUCAAAACAGGAACAGCUCGCCAUCAAUCUACACGCGGAAGGGAAACUUUCUGAAGCUCAAAGAAUUAAAAAUGACCUUCUCUUCUCCCCAAAUUCAUACCUCUCAAAUGUCACGGGCUAUGAAAGCUUUGCCUCAAUUUUGGACACAAGGAUACACAAAAAACGAGACUAUUACACUCGCUUUUUAAAUCAAUCCUCUACUAGAAAACUUAUCCACGUAGGAGACCAGCCAUUUAACAAUGUCAGUGCCAGAGUCGUUGCCGACCUUUUGGAUGACUUUGAGCGUUCUAGCAAGUCGGAGCUUGAAUCCUUGUUGAAUCUAAAGUACCGAGUACUAAUCUAUGUGGGUCAAAUGGACAUGGUAACGCCUCAUGUGGGAGUGGCAAACUUUAUCAGAUCAAUGAAUUUCGAAGGAAAAGCGGAAUUUGAAACCUCGGAGAGGAGAAUUGUUCGAGAGUUGAAACGAGGAGAGGUUUCCGGCUAUGUGAAGGCACAUGGGGGUCUGUUCUACAUGGUUGUGAGAAAUGCAGGUCACCACGCCCCUAGCGACGAACCUCGAUGGUGCAGAGAGAUGGUGGAACGAUUCAUUUCUGGGACAAGUGAUGAAGAUUUCUGAUUAGAUGUUAUCAUUUUAAUCUAACUUAAUUCAUAUUUAUUUAUUUUGAAUCUUACAUUCAUAUUUAUAUCUGCAAUUCGAUAUGCUCGCAUUGGUCGUAAAAUAUAUAAAAUAUAAAAUAUAAAAUGUUUCAACCCUA